GAACCAACUUGUCUGGACAUGCUUUGAAACACAAGUUGUGCCAACUGUGAUCUACAUCUCUUCAAAGUAAACUCCCCUUGAAUGAUAACUGUACCUCACAGUUAAAGACUGCCCUAAGCCCUGUUUGUGUUUGAAUAGCUCUGUGAAGAUUUCUAUCAACCUUUUAAAGUGUAGAGAAGACCAGAAGAAUAAAGAUUAGGAAGCAGAAGUUCUGGGGCACACUGUUGCCCUCUGUGACACUGCAAGAGGGGAAUCCAGCUCUAAUUGUUAUGGCAACACCAGUUGCUGACAGCUGAUGCACACCUACUACUUCUAGUCAUUUCUACAGAAGGUUUUCAGGAUUUGUCAUGUUUAUUGACCAGAUUUAUAUUAAAAGGUCUGUUUUAAAGCUCACUGAGUGAAAGAAAUGACUAGAGGCCCUCACUCAUACCUGUGUAAACCUAAGACAAGCUACUGGAACACCAGGCAGAUGUAGGUCUUCACCUGAAGUUCAAAUGGAUAGGAGAGGCUGUUGAUGUAGUGGUUGAGGAUUCUGUAAGCUGCUGGUAUGGGGAAAGAUUUAACUCAAAUUUUCUUGCAGGGCUAAAGUCCAUGUGGUUACUGUUAGUGCUGAAGGACAAGGACGUCUGCACUUGUUGGUAUUAAUCUCAUUUCCUGCCCUGUGAAUGAUUUCAUAAAAUUUUAAUAUAAAAUUCUACUUGCUUUUGGAAGAUAGAAGAUACACAUCCCAAGGAGGAUUUUCUCUCCUCCAUUUCUCUCUGGUCUGUGCUGUCACUCUGGAUGCUGGUGAGCAGUAUUGACACUGGGUCCAGACUGUCACCUAUGUGAAAGGAAAGGAAAUCAUCCUUUCCAUGGGCAUAUUUUAAAGGAGCCCACAUGCCUCUAGGGGUUCUGGACUCUGACACAUACAAGGGCGACUGGUUCCAUGAAGGCAGUUUGGAGGACCAAACAUGAUCUGGCAGAUACAGUAGCUGGCCACUGCAGACCAAGGUGGAAAGUACUUGACCUAUAUGCCAAGCUUCUUGCUCGCAUUCCUUCACCACCAUUUGUGCUUUUUAAGGAAGUUGUUAGAAAAGGAAACAUCUUCUGCAUAGCCCUGUGACAGAGCAAGUGCUAGAUAGGUUAUAAUGGGUGUCCUACAAGUUCUUGUAGGAUAAAAAACAUUGGAAGUUAUUUUGUCUGUUGAGAAAUGUGGACACAGAAUAUCUUUGGUCGUGUGUAGCAUUCACAGAACCACAGAAUUAUCUAGGCUGGAAGAGACGUUGUCAGCCUCUUCUUGGGUUACUGUGGGCUUCAUUUCCCAUGCAAGUGUACGGUCUGUUAUGUACUUCACCUUGGGAGGGCCUCCAUGCCAAUACUGGAAUGUACAAAGUUUGCCAACAUUCAGAGAUAUGGCACAUGAUCACAUACUAAUAGGUGUUAUAGACUAUAUAAUUCAAAGAUGAUCUAUAAAGUUAGAUUCACACUAUUCUAAGCAUGUAGCUCUGAAACACCCUUACAUAGGUUAAAAUUAAUUGAUUGCAGCUAUGCUUUUACAGCUUUUGUUGGAAAUUGUGGGAUUUUAAAACAUAAGUGUUUAUAAAUAAAUAUCCUAACAUUAAAUGGAAUUCUUACUGCAAUUUAUAGGGUAACAGGCUGACUAUUAAAAGAAGUAAUUAUGGAUUUAUUGAGCUUCUGUGGCUGUUUUAUUUUUAGAAUCUUCCUUGGAGAACUGUUUUUCAUUUUCCAACUCUUACCUAGUAGUUUUGAAAACAAAAUAAGUCUGCUUAGUGUCAAAGGUUCCACUUGGAGAAUAAUUCUUAAAAUGCCUUCCUGAAUGUCAAUUCCAGCAGUUCUGCCUUAUUGAAAAGUGCUCUGAAAUCCUUAGGGAUGGAAGAUGGCAGGUGCUAUAUGAAUGCAAAGUUUCAUCUGUGGCAGAUCUAGGUCAAAACCUUAGUAAGGGCAGUAAAAUUCACCUUUUCUCAACAUGUAAUUGCUGCAAAGGGCAGUUUUGAAGUCUUCCUCAACAGUUUUUAGCAGCUGUCAGUCUAUUAACUGACUUCUGUGCUGCUGUUGAUAUUGCUCCUCUGGAAAUGUUUUCAGAUAUGCAGCCUGAGAAACACUUUCCUUUGCAUAGAUGUGGCUAUAGAUAAUCUGUUCUUUAUGAAAUGCAUGGUGGGAUGUAGGAAUAGUAAAGAAAGAGAAAGACUGUUGAUUAGAUCUUAAAUGAUUGUUGAAGAUCUCAGAUUAGAUACGGAUUUUCAUUAUUUUGGGAUUCCUAUAUGAGUAAAAGAGAAUGUUUGCAAUGAAACUAAAAUCUUGCCAAGACCAGCUUAAAUCUUCUGAUGCAUCUACCAAAAGAGAUUGUGUGUGAUCUGAAUAGACUUGAGCUAAACAGUAAUUUUUGGUUGUUACAUAUAGUUUCUUGAUGUUUCUCACACAUACUUUCUCCCUCUAUUUAUGAAAUGAAGAGAGGAACAAAACUGGGCAGUGUACUGAGGGUUAGUUUGUUUUUCUGAGA